AUGGCGCCUCAAUCACUCAAAAUCGCCGUUAUUCCCGGAGACGGCAUCGGCAAGGAAGUGAUGCCAUGGGGCGUUCGCGCUCUUGAAGCUGCUGCCAAAAUCUUCGGCCUUUCUUUUCAAUUCGAGACAUUCGACUUCGCCAGCUGCGACUACUUCAAAGAACAUGGCGAGAUGAUGCCGUCGGACUGGAAGGAGAAACUCCUCAAGUUCGAUGCCAUCUACUUCGGCGCAGUCGGCAUGCCUAGCAUGGUUGCCGACGAUGUCUCACUUUGGGGAAGCUUGCUCAAAUUCCGCCGCGAAUUCGAUCAAUACAUCAACCUUCGCCCAUGUCGCUUGAUGCCUGGUGUGAAGUCACCCUUGGCUAACCGCAAGCCGGGUGACAUCGACUUCUGGAUCGUCCGCGAGAACACAGAAGGCGAGUACAGCAGCGUCGGCGGCAAGAUGUUCGAGGGAACGGACCGGGAAACGGUUAUCCAGGAGACGAUCAUGACAAGAGUGGGUGUCGACAGGGUUCUACGCUACGCCUUCGACCUUGCUCAGAGCCGACCCCGCAAGCGGCUGACAAGUGCGACAAAGAGCAACGGCAUCAGCAUCACCAUGCCUUACUGGGAUUCUCGUGUUGAGGAAAUGGCCAAGGGCUAUCCUGAGGUCAAUCUGGAUAAGUACCACAUCGACAUCUUGACGGCACACUUCGUUCAGCGCCCGAACAUCUUCGACGUGGUUGUGGGAAGCAAUCUUUUCGGCGAUAUCCUUUCGGACUUGGGACCGGCUUGUACAGGUACUAUCGGCAUCGCCCCAUCCGCCAAUAUCAACCCCGAUGGAAAGUUCCCGAGUCUCUUUGAGCCAGUACACGGCAGUGCACCGGACAUCUUUGGCAAGGGCAUUGCCAACCCGGUCGGAAUGAUUUGGGCUGGGCAGAUGCUCCUUCAGCACUACGGAUACACCGAGGCUGCCGACUUGGUGCUCAAGGCAAUCGAGAAUGUCCUGGCACGUUCCGAGGUGUCUGUGACGACGCCUGAUCUCGGAGGAAAGGGAACAACGGAAGGAUUUGGCAAGGCGAUUGAGGAGGAGAUCAUUGCUCUCGGUGGCCAGAGAUGA